GAAGAGGCCCCGGGGCGCACGGCUCCGCCGCGCCAGCGCCCGCCUCCCCAGCGUGGCUCCGGGGCUGCGGUCCCGCCUUGCAGGGCAGCCCUCCACGCGGGCUCGGGGAUCGUCCGCAGGCGUCCACGCCUCCGUCUCGCAGCGCCGGGCCGGCUCAAGCGUCCUCGUCCCGGAAGCUCCGCCGUCUCGUCUCGCGAGGCUCCGCCGCCCGCCCAGGCCUCGGCCGUCCCACCGCGGCGUCCGCCCCUGGCGCAACGCGGAGGUCCGGUGGCGCGACGGCCGGAGGCGCGGCCCUGCGCUCCCGCUCGGCCUCCGCCCGCGCCGCCCGUCCGCCGGCCUGCGCUGUCCGGGGGAGCGAGAUGUUCACUCUGCCUCAGAAGGAAUCCAAGGCGCCUACCACCUGUCCAGGCCCAGCCUCCACACAGGACCUGGACAGUAACCGUGGGGAUGGUCUGGAAAGAGAAUGCUCUAGAAAACCAGACUGGAAGCUGCCAGAGUUCUGUGGAGUGGGCGAUCCUACCGCCACAGCGUCCUCUGACAGCUCCCACCUGUCCUCUAGAGGAAGCAUCAUUAAAUGGUUCUGGGACUCAGCUGAGGAGGGCUACCGGACCUACCACAUGGACGAGUACGAUGAGGAUAAGAACCCCAGUGGCAUCAUUAACAUGGGCACCAGCGAGAACAAACUCUGCUUUGACCUGCUGUCCAGGCGGCUGAGUCAGAGCGACAUGCUGCGGGUGGAGCCAUCUCUGCUGCAGUACCCUGACUGGAGGGGACAUCUGUUCCUCCGGGAGGAAGUGGCCAGAUUCCUCUCUUUCUACUGCAAGAGCCCUGCACCCCUGAAACCAGAGAAUGUGGUGGUUCUGAACGGCUGUGCCUCUCUCUUCUCUGCUCUGGCCACAGUGCUGUGUGAGGUGGGGGAGGCGUUCCUGAUCCCUGCCCCUUACUAUGGAGCCAUCACACAGCACGUCUAUCUCUAUGGCGGCGUCCGACUGGUCUGUGUCUAUCUGGACAGUGAGGUCACUGGGCUGGACACACGCCCCUUCCAGCUCACAGUGGAGAAGCUGGAGAUGGCCCUGCAAAGAGCUAAUUUUGAGGGUGUGAAGGUCAAAGGCCUCAUCCUCAUCAACCCCCAGAACCCUCUGGGUGACAUCUACUCCCCAGGAGAGCUGCGGGACUACUUGGAAUUUGCCAAGAGGCACAAGCUGCACGUGAUGGUGGAUGAGGUCUACAUGCUGUCCGUGUUUGAGAAGUCGGCGGGGUACCACAGCGUCCUAAGCCUGGAAGGGUUGCCUGACCCCCAGAGGACCCAUGUAAUGUGGGCGACCAGCAAGGACUUCGGGAUGUCUGGGCUCCGCUUCGGCACGCUGUACACAGAGAACCGGGACGUGGCCACUGCGGUGGCUUCCCUCUGCCGCUAUCACGGCCUCAGUGGCUUGGUCCAGUACCAGAUGGCACAGCUGCUCCGGGACCGUGACUGGAUCAACCAGGUGUACCUACCUGAGAACCAUGCCCGGCUCAAGGCUGCCCACACCUAUGUCGCAGGAGAGCUCCGGGCCCUGGGGAUCCCCUUCCUUGGCCGUGGGGCAGGCUUCUUCAUCUGGGUUGACCUGAGGAAGUACCUGCCGGAGGCCACCUUUAAGGAGGAAAUGCUGCUUUGGCGCCGCUUUUUGGACAACAAGGUACUGCUGUCCUGCGGCAAAGCCUUCCAGUGUAAAGAGCCUGGCUGGUUCCGCUUGGUCUUCUCGGACCAGGCCCACCGGCUUUGCCUGGGGAUGCAGAGGGUCCGGCAGGUGCUGGAGGGCAAAUCCCAGGUGCCAGAUGACCCCGCUUCCUGUCAGAGCCAGGAGUCAGGGAACCAGCGCAGGUGAGCUGGUCGUUGCCUGGUGACCGCAGGACCUGGCAGCCGCCACCAGUCUGACCCAUUUGGGGCUGUGAAGACUGGCGGGGGCGAGCCGUUUGCCAGGAGGGUACCUGACUUGGCCUUGGCCCUGAAGAAGAACCAUUGCUUGCCUCUCUCAGUGGUGGUGAGACUCCUCCAGCGGUGCUUUGACUCGGCCCCACCCCCUCUAUUAAACAAGACUGGGAGAAACUGGAAGCCUCGGUUGUAAUUUGCUGAAUGGAGGAGUUGCGACUGCUGCUAACCACAACCCUUAGGACCCACCCCUCCCAGGAUGUGAGAACAAAACAACGCGUACCUUCUUUCUUCCUUCUUCUUUGUUGCCAGGGAAACAAGUUAGAGGAGCAACACAUAUGAGAGAGAAUAUGCCCCCGAAAUAAACAAGAAUGAUAAUCCCCGAA